AUGAACGGGGACUAUAUGGGGGUAGUGAGUUUAAUAUUGUUUAGUGUAGUACUUUCUACUAUUAUAUCCGGGGGAUCUUAUGUGAUGGGGGUUCGACACCCGGAUAGUGAGAAGGUAUCGGUAUAUGAGUGCGGAUUCGACCCAUUCGAGUCGGCAAGAAUACCAUUUUCGGUUAGGUUCUUUUUAGUGGGGAUUCUUUUCAUGAUAUUUGAUUUAGAGAUAUCAUAUAUUUUUCCAUGGGGAGUGGCAUACAGUCAUAUCGGUUUGUAUGGAUUUUGAAUAAUGAUGCUGUUUUUAGUAAUAUUGACCGGGGGGUUGAUAUACGAAUGGGCCCAGGGAGGGUUGGAGUGAGCAUAG